AUGUGGCAACCGAUGCAGCGUGGAAAUUUUACUCUCAAUCCUCCUGGUUCAAAGGAUUGCUAUCGAAAAAUAGCACCGUGUGGUGGUUUCAACUCUUCCACAUCGAAACAACGAACGGUUCUCGAAGCUGGAACAAUUUACACUGUUCUAUUUCAACAACAUUUAAAUCAUUAUUAUCCACCUAAUCCAGGCAAACUUGACAUUUCAUUUGCUGUAGGACUCGAUCCUGAUGAGAAAGAUUUUCGAAUAUUAAUAUCAUUUAAUGAUUAUAAUCCAAUGAAUCAUAAUACACAAACAAAUUUUUCCAUUCCAAUUCAGUUGCCGAAUGAAUUAUGUGAUUAUUGUGUUUUACGAGUACGUUAUUUGACAAAUAAUCCAGAUGAAGAAGAUCGAGGAAGAACAUUUCAUCAAUGUUCUGAUAUUCAAUUAAUAAAAAGUUCAACAAAUCUCAUACCGUCGAUCUUUGAUAAAAAUCUAUUAGUCCAACAUCAGAAUGAUCCACACGAUUGUUGCACACCGCCAAGUUUUCAGACUUAUUUUCUUCAUCAAAUACCAGAAAUUGAUUAUGUCAGUUCAGGUGUGAUUUAUUACGAUCAACCAUCUCAACAAAUGCGUAUUGUGAUGAUGACUACAGGUGUUAAGUACAAUAUGUGGAUGAAUUUCAUAUCCGGUUUGCAAUAUUAUGAAAAUGUAAAUGAACGAACUUGUAUUCGCUUCGGAUUAGAUCUAUGGAAUGAUUGGUGUUAUGGAAAUACAUUCAAUCAGAGUGAAGAUUUUCUUGCUGAAAAUAUAUCUUGUUCGAAUAAUGUAUUGGAUUUUUGUAAUCUAUGGCAAAAUGGAGAUUUUCUAUUUAAAUCGACUACAAUCGGAUGUUAUCCAUCUACGCUAAGUCGACUAUCGAGUCGAGAACGUACAGAUUAUUUCAAUGCAAAAAAUGGUCCAUUUCCACCGGAGAUAUUUCAACCGGAUCCUAUAUGUUUGAAAGAAAAAAUCACCCAACAUGGACAUAAUCCAUCACUGAAACUUUGGAAACACUUAUUUCAUGAAAAGAAACUUCGGUUUGAAUAA